CACCAACACCAACACCACCUUCCACCACCACCACCACCACCACUCACCACCACCACCACCACCACCAAACCCAAACACACAUCUUUCCGUCUUUUUUAAAUUAAAACUCCACUUGUUUUUAUUAUUAUUACUAUCAUUAUUAUUAUUGCCUUUUACCUCUCCUCCCUCCUGCAACAAAAAACACAACACCAUCCUUAACCAAACCCAAAACCAAAAAAAAAAAAACAUAACUUCAUCUCUGUUCUAAUAAUCAGUAACUAUGUCACAGCUUACAACAGGAGGGACUGAUUUUAGCUUACCAGAUGAGAUCUUAGCGGUGAUACCAAUGGACCCAUAUGAUCAAUUGGAUCUAGCACGGAAGAUUACUUCCAUGGCAAUUGCAUCCCGCGUCUCCUAUUUGGAAUCUGAAAGGGGUCGGAUGAAGCAGAGGAUGUUCGAUAAGGAUCGGAUUAUUUUUGAGCUUCGAGAGAAAUUGGGUCACUUGCAACGUGUCUGCCAGGAAUCUGAGUCUAAAUUGAGUCUCGCACUUGAUGAAAAUGUGAAACUUUCGAAGGAAAAGGAUUCAUUGGCAAUGACUGCAAAGAAACUUGGACGUGAUUUGGCAAAGUUGGAGACGUUUAAGAGGCAACUGAUGCAGUCACUGAGUGAUGAUAAUUCAUCGCAGCAAGCUGAAACUGUGGAUAUUGGCACCUGUGAUCAAUCAGUUCCUAGAGCCUAUUCUGAAAAAGAUGAGGGGAUGAAUGUCUAUGUGGCCCACCAUAAUUUCAAUGGAUCUACAGAUAUGGGAAACACUGAUGAGGCUCCAAGGCAUGCUGGGCAAAGAUAUUCUAUCACUCCAUAUAUUACACCACGACUUACUCCAUCUGGAACCCCAAAAAUUAUUUCUACUAGUGCAUCUCCUAAAGGUUAUUCUGCUGCUGGAUCUCCUCAGAAAACCUCAGGUGCAACAUCUCCUACAAAGCCUCAAUAUGAUGGACGAGCUUCCCUUUCUUCAUGGUACCCAUCAAGCCAGCAAUCAUCAGCGGCAAAUUCUCCUCCCCGGGGACAUCCAAUUCCAGGGCGUGCUCCACGUGUGGAUGGAAAGGAGUUCUUUCGUCAGGCCAGGAGUCGCCUAUCAUAUGAACAGUUCAGUGCAUUUCUGGCUAACAUCAAGAAACUAAAUGGUCAAGAGCAAACUCGAGAGGAAACUUUAAGGAAAGCAGAAGAGAUAUUCGGGACAGAUAACAAAGAUCUUUAUUUUUCAUUCCGAGGAUUGCUUAAUCGCAACAUACACUAGGCCUCAAGCUGUCAUGUAGCUAGCAAGGUUCUAGAUAGAAAUCAGGUUCUAUUCUAACUCAACCGACAGCCAUGCUUUGUAGGUCGCGGAUCAAGUCGUUCCCAUCUUCUAUGAGGAUUGCUUUGGCAUAAAUUCUCCAAGGCAUAUGACUUGUCGGAAAAAAAGUUACCUGUUUAUUUUCAGCAACUAGAAUUGUUAGGCAUAUUCUGUGUAAAUAAUCGGAGUUAUUUGCAUGACCUGCCCGACCAUAAGUGCUUGUCGACAUUACCUUCGCAAGAUUUUGAUUUAUUUACUUUCAUACAAGAGGUAAUUUUCUUCA